AUGCGGCCACCGCGCGGCGGAGGUUUCAGGGGGAGGGGCGGCGGAGGAUUCGGAGGUCGCGGCGGGGGUUUCGGCGGAAGAGGCGGCGGAAGAGGCGGCUUUCAACGGGAUGAGGGGCCGCCGUCCCACGUUGUGGAGGUGUCGACGUUCAUGCACGCGUGCGAGGGCGAGGCGGUGACGCGGCUGACGGUGGGAGAGAAGGUGCCGUACUUCAACGCGCCCAUCUACCUCGAGAACAAGACGCAGAUCGGCAAGGUCGAGGAGAUCUUCGGCCCCAUCAACGAGCCGGUCAGUGCGGUUGAGUGCGGUGAAGAUGGGUUGAGUGCGGUGAGGUGGGGGCUGAUUGCGGCUGACGGUGGGCGACAAGGUGCUUAUUUUUCGAUAAAGAUGCAGGAGGGGGUGGUGGCGACGUCCUACUCGCCGGGGGACAAGUUCUUCAUCGACCCCAUGAAGCUGCUGCCGCUGCAGCGCUUCCUACCGCAGCCCAAUGCAGGGGUGCCAGUGCAGGGGGGAGAGGGGGCUUUGGAGGCCGGGGAGGCAGGGGGGGUCGUGGAGGGGGGCGAGGGGGAUUCAGGGGAGGGGGAAGGGGCGGAGGAGGUGGGUUCAGGGGGAGAGGGGGAGGGGGAGGGUUUCGGGGUGGAGGGGGGGGAUUCAGGGGGAGGGGUGGUGGUUUCCGUGGUGGUCGUUUUUAGGGUGGCAAGUCAAUGCGUGCAUGUGUGCCUCAAUAUUCGUCUCUUCACGCGCGACGCCGUCCCGCCCGUCGCCAUGGACGCUCCCCCUUCCCCUUCCAACGCGUCCGUUCCGCGGUUCCUCUUCAUCUCACCCUCCGCCUCCUACCGCGACCACCCGCGCGGACCCCCUUCCCCGCCCUCCCCCUCCGCCACCGCAGCCUUUCCGCGCUUCUCCCCUUCCCGCUUCUCCCCCGCCCGCUCCAUCGGUGCGCGCCGGUUGCGCUGUCUGUCCGCGCGGGGGAAUGGCGCGGGGGAAGAGGAGCAUGCGGAUGAGUACGGGGGGAGCGACGAGUCCGGGGACGACGGCGGAAGCAUGGGGGGAGGGGAUGACUUGCGGAGAGACGGGGGAGAUGCGGAAUAUGCGGACUAUUAUGCAAGUGGGCGGGUUAAUUCGCACCCGUUAGAAUCACACCGCACGCCUAGUCACUCCCCGGGCUUCAGUAUACCUUCCGCGCAGCAAGCGCGCAGCAGCAAAUCGGUAGGCGACACGUCAGCAGAACGGGAGGGCUCCGACGAAUAUAACCAGCCCAGUCGAGACGACGAUGAUCCCGAACGAGAAGCGGAGGCUCGGGAAGCAGCAGGGUUGGGUUUGGGGGACGAGGAGUGGCUGGGUGUGUCGGGGCAUAGGGGAGACGGCAGCGGGGGAGACGGAAGGGGGGGCGGCGGCAGCAGGGGAGGCGGAAGCGGGGGGGGCGGAAGCGGGGGAGGCGGAGGAGCGCGGGGGGCGCUGGAGGUGGCGAUGGAGAGCCGGUCGCUGGCGAACCAGCUGCUGCGCGCCGAUGAGGAGGGCCGCCUCCGCUGCAAGCUUGCAGCGCAGCGGUGGCCCCAGGACGCUGAUGUCUUUCAAAAGAUUGACGAGUACUACUAUAAGGGCACACUACUGGAGUCGGACGUCAGAGCCGUCACCUCGCCUUCUGCCCUCCAGGUAUCCCACGCACAACGCCUUCCUCUUUCACCGCACACCUCCUACCUGCCUCACCCUACACCGCCUCCUUCCCUCGCCCCACGCCUCCCAUGCCCUCUAUCCACUCUCUCCCCCCUCGUCCUUCGCUGUCACAAAUUCUGA